ACUCUCAGCCAGGCUAAGGGAACGGCUGACGGCCGCGGGCGCGUCACCGCCUCACGCUCUGCUACAACGAGAAAGUGGCCCAGACUGCAUGGGGCAUUUUCUCGCGAGGAAGGACGCCAUUAUCGGGACCGCUAACAAACAACACGAGAAUUCAUCAUUCGCACGGCUACCUGAAUGAUGUCUGAACAGGACCUUGCAGAAAUGGUGCAGAUUGCAGUUGAAGACCUGAGCCAAGACCAUCCAGUGGUCCUGGAAAAUCAUGAGGAGACUGAUGAGGUGGAUAAACAGGAGAGGAAGCGACCACGAUUGGAGAUCACCUGCCAAGAUACCACAGUCAAGUCCUUACUAUAUUCCAUCAAUCAGAGCAUUUGCCUGCGUCUGGACAAUAUUGAGGCAAAGAUUCAAACUAUUGAGGCUACAUGCAAAUCCCUUGAGGAGAAAUUGGAUAUGCUGGUGAAUAAGAACCAUGGACCCAUUCAAGUACCGAUGGUAGCAGGUUCUCCUCUAGGAGCAACACAGACCUGGAACAAAGUGCGAUGCGUGGUACCACAGACUAAUGUGAUUGUAAGUAGUGAUCGGCCAAAAUUGACAGUACAGGAUGAAGUAGUUCCUCGAGCCGCAGAUUCUUUAGAAAAUCUUCUUAGCAACACUGUUUCUGGACGUAGGCAAAAUACUAUUUUGGUAAAAGUUCCUGCACCAGAUGACAGCCACAAUGAGGAUGCUGAAAGUGGCUCAGAAGCCAGUGAUACCAUAUCUAACAGCGGCCAAGCUGGCGGCCAAUCUGUUGGAAACAAUGUUACCCUCAUCACCCUCAAUUCUGAAGAGGACUAUCCUAAUGGCACAUGGCUUGGCGAUGAGAGUAAUCCUGAGAUGAGAGUUCGAUGCCCAAUUUCUGCAGCUGACAUGCUUCAUAUAACCACAAACUGCCGAACAGCAGAGAAGAUGGCUCUUACUCUUUUGGACUAUCUGUUUCAUCGAGAGAUACAAGCUGUCUCAAAUCUUUCUGGUCAGGGCAAGCAUGGAAAAAAGCAGCUAGACCCCCUUAUGAUCUAUGGGAUCAGAUGUCACUUGUUUUAUAAAUUUGGCAUCACAGAAUCAGACUGGUAUAGAAUCAAACAGAGUAUUGAUUCCAAAUGUCGGACUGCCUGGAGACGGAAACAGAGGGGGCAGAGCCUGGCAGUCAAAAGUUUCUCCAGAAGAACACCAGCUUCUUCAUCAUUCUGUACCACAGAGGGAAUCCAAAGCAAUGUAGCAUCUCCUACUGAAGCACAACAGGCUCAGCAGACACUGCACUAUACACUUGCUAAUGCACAACAAGUUCAGAUUCAUCGGAUCGGGGAAGAUGGACAGGUGCAAGUGAUACCUCAGGGACACCUACACAUUGCCCAGGUACCACAAGGGGAGCAGGUUCAGAUCACACAAGAUAGUGAGGGUAAUCUGCAGAUCCAUCAAGUUCAUGUUGGUCAAGAUGGUCAGGUACUGCGAGGUGCCCAGCUGAUUGCAGUGGCUUCCACAGAUCCCACAGCGGCUGGAGUAGAGGGCUCCCCGCUCCAAGCAAGUGAUAUUCAGGUCCAGUAUGUGCAGCUAGCACCUGUAGCAGACCACCACACUGCUACAGUUCAAACCACAGACUCUCUGAGUCCAGGACUACAGUCUGAUAUGGAAAUCAAACAUGGGGCAAUUCAGAUCCAGCAAGGAGAGAAUGGUGAAGUUGUUCAAAUUCAAGUGCCGGUGAAUACAGUGGGCAGCUGAGGAAACGAGGGCCAUAGAGCAGAUAACAACAAGGUGAAUUACAAAGCACCAUCCACAAACUAAAGAACCUUAUCAAGUAAAUAACACUUGGAGUGGGGGUUGGAGGGACUUGGGGAGGUGUCCUCAUUUGGCCUCCUGACAAGGUGCAACUGUGAUUUGUAAUGUUUCCAAUUGCCUAGUGCAUUAGAAUUCAAUUCUUUUGUGACAUGUUUUGCUAAAAUUGUGUAGAAGAAGAGUAGUAAGAUGAAAUGUGCUAACUGUAAAAUAAGAUGGCUUUCUAAUAGCAAACCAGAAUAUGUACUCAGGAGCUGAAUGUAUGCAAAAGGUGGUUCUCCAUAAGCACAGGAGACAAGAGGACUGAUACAAUAAAGAUGAUAUUGUUUUCUUUAA